AUUAUAUAUUAGAAAGCUCAGUCAUGAGCGGCCUUAAUUGGGCGACUCCGAGAAAACCUUUUGCCUUUGGCUUCACGGUUGUCACACUCUCUUCUCCAGAAAACACCAAUACUCUCUUCUACAACCAAGGAAACAAGAUUUUCCCUUUGCAUUCAGGAAGGAAGAGUAGAGGUUUGUUGCAGAUAAUCAUGGCUGCAAGUACUAAAGACUCGAGCUCUGGUUCAACAACAGUUGCUGCUCAUGGUAGUAAAAUUAAAGGACUGCCAACUCAUGGGGGUCGCUAUGUUCAAUACAAUGUGUAUGGUAACUUGUUCGAGGUCUCCAGUAAGUACGUGCCUCCCAUUCGCCCCAUCGGCCGUGGUGCUUAUGGCAUUGUUUGUGCUGCUGUGAAUUCAGAGACACGUGAGGAAGUUGCCAUUAAGAAGAUUGGUAAUGCUUUUGACAACAGAAUAGAUGCCAAAAGAACGUUGAGAGAGAUUAAGCUUCUUCGCCACAUGGACCAUGAAAAUGUUAUUGCCAUGAGGGACAUUAUACGGCCACCAAAAAAGGAGGCUUUCAAUGAUGUGUACAUUGUUUCUGAAUUGAUGGACACUGAUCUUCAUCACAUUAUUCGUUCAGAUCAACUGCUGACUGAUGAUCAUUGUCAGUACUUCUUGUAUCAGUUGUUAAGAGGGCUGAAAUACGUGCAUUCCGCCAAUGUCCUGCAUCGUGAUCUUAAGCCCAGCAAUUUGCUUCUCAAUGCAAAUUGUGAUCUCAAAAUUGGAGACUUUGGGUUGGCAAGGACAACAUCUGAAACAGAUUUCAUGACUGAAUACGUUGUUACUCGUUGGUACCGAGCACCAGAGUUGCUCCUUAAUUGUUCUGAGUACACGGCUGCAAUUGAUAUUUGGUCUGUUGGUUGCAUCCUUGGUGAGAUUAUGACCAGAGAACCUUUGUUUCCUGGGAAAGAUUAUGUUCACCAGCUGAGGCUUAUUACAGAGUUAAUAGGUUCACCUGAUGACGCUAGCCUUGGUUUUCUCCGAAGUGAUAAUGCCCGAAGAUAUGUUAGACAGCUUCCACAAUACAGAAAGAAGAAUUUCUCAGUUAGGUUUCCUAAUGUGUCUACUGGGGCUGCUGAUCUGCUGGAAAAAAUGCUUGUUUUUGAUCCCAAUAAGCGCAUUACAGUUGAUGAGGCACUUUGUCACCCAUACUUGUCAUCUCUCCAUGAUAUCAAUGAUGAGCCGGUCUGUCCCAGGCCUUUUCAUUUUGAUUUUGAGCUCCCAUCAUGUACUGAAGAGCACAUCAAGGAACUCAUUUGGAGGGAAUCAGUGAAAUUCAAUCCAGAUCCUCCAUCAUAUUAGGAGAAAAAUGAAUACUGUAGAAAUACAUUUGUAAUUGGGAUAAUUUCGUUCCCUUGAAUACAUUAUUGUCGACCAACAUUUCCUGAGAGUUUGUGAACUUUGCAUUCUUAGACUUUGAAAGAUAAAGUCACCCAGUGUUCCUGACACUGAUGUAUUACUUCUUUCAAGGGAUUUGGGUGCUCAUAUUUUUAUUUUAAUGCAUUAAGUGCAUUGUACAAAACUAAAAAUUAAUGCGAAUCUUCUUUAAGUACUA